AUGGCUGCCAAUCUACAAAGAAGUCCUGCUUGGUCACGCGAUGAGCGACUGGCCUUAUUAAGGAUAUGGAGAGAUGAAGAUAUUGAGGGCCAAUUGCAGGGGAAUCACCGCAAUUCCCAUGUAUACAGCCGGAUCGCUGAGCUUCUGAAACUAGAAGGCUACGAUCGUACGACUGACCAGUGUCGUAACAAACUAAAAUCAAUGAAGGGAGAUUGGGUCAAGGCCCGUAACAACUUGGGUCGAUCAGGUACCUCAGGACGGAACGGCUUUGGGGACGAAGAACUUUUGGAUGAAGUCCUCGGGACCCGACCGAUCCACAAUCCUCGCCACAUCGUGGAUACAAUGUUUGAUCGGCCCGGGGCUGAACAACAUGAUGGCGAUGGCCGCGAUCUAGUCCGGAUUGUGUCUGAACGCAGUUAG